CUGUAUUGUUGUGUGAGUUUUGGAUUUGAGUUUUCUGCUUUUUAAGAGAUUGAUAGAUAGAAAACAGAGAGAGUAGCGGCCAUGGCGACGACGUCGGUGGAUUCUCCAAAGCCUGACACAGACACUGACACUGAGCUGGAUACCAAUCCCAACCUCAACCCUAACCCUAAUUCUUCGAACUCGUUAGUCCCCGCCUCCUCCAAUGGCCCUGCUGUCUGCCUUCUCAGGUUCGCCGGAGACUCCGCUGGCGGCCUCUUCUUCUCUCUGUAUGAGCAAACCCUGCUUAAGCAAUCUACUACUCAACUCAACCUAAUUUAUCUUCUUUUUUAUUUUAUUUUAUUUAUGUUUAUGUCUUAUAUGAAUCAAACUGAAAUUUUUUAUUUUACCUUGUGUGAAUGUGUUUCAGGUGCGGGGUUGGUUAAGAAAAAAGGCUUUAAAGGAUCCUUUGCAGAGGCAGGAUCUUAUGCUAAGACAUUUGCAGUUUUGUCUGGAGUGCACAGCUUGGUUGUCUGCAUUUUGAAGAGGCUGCGAGGAAAGGAUGAUGUUAUCAACGCUGGAGUAGCUGGAUGUUGUACUGGUCUUGCUCUUAGUUUUCCAGGUGCACCCCAGGCUCUUCUACAAAGCUGCCUCACUUUUGGAGCAUUCUCAUUUAUUAUUGAAGGCCUAAAUAAGCAGCAGCCAGCUUUGGCACAUCCACUUUCUGUGAGGAAGAAAAGUGAGCAACUUCCUCCCUUGGUGCUCCCUCUUCAACUUUCACUUCCAGGUGAACUAAAAGCGGGUUUCACCUCAUUUUGCAAUUCCUUGAAGAAUCACAAGAGGGGCACUUCUCACACAGCCUAAGAAAUUUUGUCUCAUCAUGCUUUUAUGCCGUUUGGUCUUGAAUUCAAAGUGUUCCUCUUGCUGUUAUUUUUUCUUCUAUUGCCGGGUAAGACAUGAUUGUAUGUGGUAUGUAAAUUUUUAGUUGAAAUUCUAGUUGCAAGUUAUGAAUUCACUUCUUGAUUGUGAAAUCUGGUAGAUUGAUGGUACACAUUGCUGGUUUUGCCGGAUUGAGGAGCCAUGAAUUUGAU